AUGGGGAACUUGGAGAGCGUUUGGUGGAUUGUAAUUGAGUGCGCCUGCAGGAUCCUCGGUGUUUCUACGGCAACAGUGUUCUGUGCUGUGGGAGUGGAGACUCUGCAUCAAGGAGAAUUCAACAGCCUUGGCAUCUAUUUAUUAGUGUCAUCUGUUGGCAUCAUGAUGUUUGAGUUGGCCUAUUUCCUGGAUACACUUCUGGUAAUGUGUCUGCCCUGUCCACCAGACUGGCAGCUGUUUGUGUUGUGGGGGAAGAUGGCUCAUGUCGGAGGUUUCCAUAAGUUCCUCUAUUACUCCAUAAUGUCAGUGGUCUGCUUCUUGCACCCUGUGUUGGUAUGGCAUGCCAUCAUCCCAGGGAUAAUGCUUCUGGUGACAGCACUUUUCAACUUUAUACUAAGCAAGAAAACAAAGCCCAAACCUCCAAAGAGGCCACAGGGAAGUCACAGCGACCAAGGCCCGACCACUGUCUGUGUGGCAGAAACUGCAGCUUCGAACAGCACAGACUCAUUCUUUCACGUGGUGACAGGAAGGAGAAGGGAGGGACCGGCUCUGGCAACCAGAGACCGCUGCCUCGGCCCGGGGGAAAGAGGAGAGAGCGUGCAGGCCAUGCUGGAGCUGGAGCAGACAGCAGCACCUAAAGGCACAGACAGGGAGAGGAGGUGGUGGAAAGAGGGGAGACUGAUAAGCUUCAGAGGCAGGGAGGAGCCUGUAGAGAGAGAGAUGGAGGAGAUGGACAGAUACUGUGAGCCAGAGCCAGACACCACCUCAGACACUGCUCCUAUGAUUACUGACUGA